CAUAACCUGGUUGCAAGUGCUCCCAACAUGCUACCUGGAUAAAACCUUUUACAAGUCCAACACAGAGGGACCAGCAGUCGAGAUGUCGCAGUUGUCAGCUGAAGAUGAAGCCGAGUUGCAAUCCCUGCUCAAGCAGCUUCUGAGAAGCAUCAACGACAGGAUCACUGGUGCUCCGUCAACCGAGUGUGCCGAAGAGAUCCUCUUCCACCUGGAGGAGACUGACAAGAACUUCCACAAUUACGAGUUUGUCAAGUAUCUCCGUCAGUAUGUGGAGAGUUCAUUGGGGACUGUGGUGGAGGAGGAGACCAAGAACUUCACCAGAGGAGAUGGACAACAUGCUGUCGGCUCAGGUCACGACACCCUGAUCCAUGCCGUCACCCAAAGGACCCGGGACUCAGCUGAGUACCAGCAGAUGACGCAGACCUUGAAAAACACCAUGAUCACGGUGGUGGAGUCUUUAAUCAACAAAUUUGAGGAAGACCAGAUGAGAAAGGAAGAGAUGAACAGUCAGUCCAACAGCCAGAACACUGACAACUGCUCUGACAGCGACUCCUCCUUCAAUCAGAGUUAUGCGUUCAUCAGACAAGAGCAGCUGCAAGCUUUGGCUGAACAACUGGACUCCAGCAGGCCCAAAGAGGUGCGGUGGGAGGCUCUUCAGGCUCUCUGCUCCGCCAAUCCGUCUGAUGUGCUGAGCUGUGAGAGCUGGAGCAGCCUGCGCAGGAAUCUCUCUGCAGCUCUGACUGACCCCGACCUCAGCGAUGAUGUACUGCAGUUCUUUGCUAAAAGCUUCUCCUCCUCUCCGCUGAAUCUGACGCGAGAGAUUUACACCAGCUUGGCUAAAUGUGUGGAGUCAAGUUUUGUGUCUCAAAAGUUGAGCUUUCCAACUGGCUCAGCCACCAUCGACAUCAACAGACCUGAGAUCAGUCGUCUCCUUAAACAGAUUCGAUUGAUGAAUGACUUUCAAAAAGAUGUGACAACGUUUUGGAUCCGCCAUCCUGAGAAAUAUAUGGAGGAAGUUAUAGAGAGCACCCUCUACCUGCUGUCCUCCCAUCACGACCAUGGUUCAGCCUCAGCUGGGACAGAGAAAGCCCUGGAACCCAUUCAUCUCCUGGCCUUACUGGAUAUUAAAGCAACCUGGUUUAAAAAGUGGAUGCACGGAUGCUACAGCAGGACUGUGGUUCUCAGACUGCUUGAGAGAAAGCACAAGUCUCUGAUGGUGGCAGCCCUUCAGCAGUGUAUCCACUACAGUGAGUCCUGUGAACGUUCCACACACGAGACGACUGAUCCCCAGUCAGCAGAGCAGCAGAGCACCGAUUCAGUCCAGAGGAGUGUUUACACAGGACAAGAGCUUGAAUAUGCCUUCUUUGUCCACUCGCUGUGCAUCCUGGGUAAACUCCUCAUCUACACCAACGGCAGGAAGCUCUUCCCCGUCAGAGUGAGGAAGUGCAAAGAUCCAGUCAGCCUGACGGACCUGGUAGUCAUCCUGAUUAAAAUCAUGUACCAACAGCCCGAAACGCCGCACAGCGACGCCUCACACACAGACUGCCUGUCCCCCAGCUGUCUGUCGAUGGAGGUGCUGUGGAUGCUGUGUGAGAGGACCGAGUGUGCUGCAGAGUGUCUCUACCAGGCCCCCGUGAUCGAGACCCUGCUGGCUCCUGUGAUAGCUCUGCUCAAUGGACAGCAGGUCAGAUUAAAAUCUCCCGCAGCAGCACUGACGCUCAUCGCUGACGUUCUGGCUCGCAUCGCAAACACCGACAGAGGAUUAGCUCUCUUCUUAUAUGAGACGAAUGUAGUCGUAGCCCACACUGAGAGAACCUUUCCUGCUCAUGUCAUUGUACAGUUCACUCUCAGGCUGCUGGAGAAGGAGCUGUCCUCCCCGGGUGAACCCGACGGAUCCCAAACAUCAUGCGGAGCCUUUAUCUUCGUCUGCAGGCAGAUGUACAACACCUGUGAGGGUUUGCAGGUCCUCCGACCCUACGGCCUGCACAAGGCUGUAGCUGCUGCGUGGAAAAAGACCAGUUCCUUGUCAGAAAGGGUUCCAACUCCGGUACCUGGAGCCACCGCUGGAACCUCCACCCGGAACCUGCAGAACAUGCUCAUCUGGGAGGAGACGCUGUUGGACAGCCUGCUGAACUUUGCUGUGACUCCCAAAGGCCUGCUGCUGCUCCAGCAGACCGGAGCCCUCAACGAAUGUGUCUCCUACAUGUUCUCUCGCUUCACAAAAAAACUGCAGGUGAGCCGCUGUGAGAAGUUUGGAUACGGGCUGAUGGUGACGCAGGUGGCAGCCACGGCUCCAGGGGUGGCAGCUUUGCACAAAUCAGGUUUUGUCCAGGCACUGGUAGUCGAGCUGUGGUCUGUUCUCGAGUGCGGCAGUGAAGACGUCGGGGUGGUCCGACCCACGCCCACACCCAUGGACCCCAUAGACAGGAGCUGCCUCAAGUCCUUCCUGUCAUUUGUCAACCUGCUCUCCUCUUCCCAAUCGGUGUGGGAGCUCGUGGGCAGGCGGCCUCUAGCCAACAAGCCUGAAUACACCCUGAGAGAGACGCCAACCUCCGUUCCUGAUCUGAUUGACAGACUGAUUGCUGUGAAUUCAGAUGCAAAGAUUCAUUCCCUGUUCCACUAUGAGCAGUCUCACACAUUCGGCCUAAGACUGCUCAGCGUCCUCUGCUGUAACCUGGACUCCUUUCUGCUGCUGGAGAGCCAGUACAACCUCUGCUCCAUGCUGCUGAAGAGCCAGAGGGAGAACGUUACGGAGAUGGACUCAGACGAAGGGAAGUUAAUCAUCGACAACUUAUCGGUGGAGAGGAAUCACGUGCUGGUCCGCGUGAGUUUGGUUGGAGGACCGUCUGAGAGGAAGCUCCCGCCUCGAGCACUGCAAGAGGGAGAAGAGCCUUACCCCUGGCCCAUGUUUUCCAGCUAUCCUCUACCCCACUGCUACACUUUGGACCCGCCAAAGAUCCACCAUAACUCACAGGACCCUGAAGUCAGUACCUUUCUGCCAUUAUCUAAAGACUUCGAGAAUAAGGACAGCUGGAUGGAGAUCUGCCGGAAACAGUACCUCAAAGCCAUGACCUCCAAACCCAACAUCUUAACUGGAAAGGUGCUGGCUGACCUUCUGGAGAAAGCUGCGGCCCAUCUAUCCAACUCUUCCUCAGAGUGCUUCUUCGCUCGGUGCAAAGCGGAUGAGAAGAGUGUUAAGAGUGCUGUACUAUCAUCUGUGGAGCAGCUGGGAAUCAACACCUGUCUCAGGUACGGCAGCUACCUCAAGCUGCUGACUGAAGACGCUGUGAGGGAGCUGCCUCUGCUCAUGCAGCACAUGAAGAUCGUCUUGUCCACACAGAGAGUCAACACUGCUUCAGAGCUCCUUACUCAGCAGAACGGUUACCCCGGCUACGACUGGCUGACCUCCACAGUGUUCCUGAUCAUGGCUGGAGACAUGGACCGGUCUCUGGGUUUGCUACUGAACCUGACCCCUCUGCUGACCUCUGCAUUCAUCUGGCCAGCGAGGAUACAUGCCUCUGUCCAUUUUCCUGUGGAAGUAGCUGAAUCAGGAAUCCCUCCGGUCUACUGGUGUACAGCUCACUAUGUGGAGAUGCUGCUGAAAGCGGAGGUUCCUCUGGUCCACUCUGUCUUCAAGAUGUCGGGUUUCACCCCGUCACAGAUGUGCCUCCACUGGUUGACUCAGUGUUUCUGGAACUACCUGGACUGGACAGAAAUCUGCCACUACCUUUCCACCUGUGUGGUGAUGGGUCCGGACUACCAGGUGUACAUGUGCGUGUCCAUAUUCAAACAUCUGCAGCCAGAAAUCCUUCAGCUCACUCAGUCCCAGGAGCUGCAGGUUUUCCUCAAGGAGGAUCCAAUCCAGGGUUUCAAAGUCGGCGACUAUCUGGCGUUCAUGGAGGAGCUGGAGCGCAGCUACAGACACAUCGUGCUCACUGACAUGAAAACUGUCCGUAACCCUGUCGAGUGAGGACAUGUUGUUGACAGAUGAAUUGUUAUUAUUGGCGACUUGACUUUGACUGUACAUUGAAUUCAUUACAGUUUGGAUCAGAUAAAGUACGUAGUCGUAUUUAUCUUCUGGUAUAACGCAGCAAUGUUCUUUCCCACUUGAGAAACAUCUCAGCAUCACACUUCUGGAAGCCGGAAGAUGUUCAGCUUGUGAUGAUAUUGAGGAAAAAUCCACAUAUGAAUAUGCUUCAUCAAGUUAAAAAUAAGCAUACAUAUAUAUAUAUAUAUAGUGAAUUAUUCUUAUUAAAGGUAGGGAUUAUACGAUGUUUAUGCAUAUAUAUAUAGAAUAUAUAUUAUGUAUAAAUAUUCUAUAUAUAAAUAUAUAAAACCUUAUGAUCCUUACCUGAUUUUAAUGAUUGAAUAUCCUUGAUGGGACCCCCAUGCUGAUCCUUUAAUGGAGUGCAGGUGGAAAAGGCAUCAUUUCUUGCUACAAAUCCAAAUAUCAUCCAACUAUCAUAAUUCUCCUGCAUGUUGUUCCUGUUCAAAUCUGUGCUGAGUGGACAUGUUAGUGGACAUUUAUGAACAGCUGCUGUUUGAAAGAUCUCAAAACAAUCACAUUUAGAAAUUGUUAGAAUCUGUAUUUAUCUUUUCCUACAAUGUAAAUAAAUAUCAGCCUUUUUUUAAUGUGUUUUACAAAAUGCUCUUGAUAGGAUUAAAUAAUAAAAUGUUCUCCAGACAAAUAGCCUUAUAACUCAUCUGUUGCCAUGGCCGUCUCAUGGCUAUGACACACAUCAUUAAUGCCAGGACACGCAACAACGCCGCUCUGGUGUUUGUAUACUUCUGCAGGUCUCUGUAUGAAAGAUGCAUGAAGAAGGUUUUAUCAUUGUGAUAAACCCUCAUUAGUAACCACAGCCUUUCCCCCCGCUCUCCCUGCACAGCCGUCCUGUCGUCCCUGUUCACACACACUGAGACCUGCAUGAUAAACGAGUCCAGCACAUCCAUCCAUCUCUCUCCCACAACAACGGUGUGUACCGGGUAAAUGUGUCGGGCUCAACACACCGGGGCUUACAGUGAGAGGGAUUGAUCAAAUGUUUAUCAUGUUUCAGAGAAACAGAGUAUUUCAGCACUGAGGGGGUUUAACGUUUAGGUCGCAGUACAUCGGCCCUCAAGUUUAAUUCUAACGCUGCAUUCAUUAUUUUUGCAGCAGAACAUCACAACAAGCUGGAUAAAUGGCAGUCAUGUAAAGUUGUUUAACACUUAACACGCCUAUUUACACAUCCCUCAUACAUGUAUCAAGACCUCAUUAAGUUGGUGUGUUCCUGCCCACCUGGUGUAUGUCCACUUCAAUAUUCAGUAUCUGGGGUUUUCGCUACCAAAUAAAUAUAUCACCAUGUUCAGCA